AGGGACGUAAAAGAAACACAAAAACUACAAACAAAUUUCCACUUACUUGAUGUUCCACCUUUGUAUCUCUUGCCACAAUUCCCACCACCUGAGGAGCCGAGCAUUCAUCAGGGCAGCAGAAGAUGCUAGUUAAGAGAACCGGGCAAGGCCUAGUAGUAGAUCCUGGAUGAGCCCCCAAAAUUGUCCCAGAAAACUGGUUCUUCCAAGUGUGCAACUCUCAAUAAACCACAUACCCAGGUGGAGAUUUGUAAAAGCUUUAUUCUGCACAGAACAAAGGACACAGGGGGAUCGUUCCCGCUAGGUUGCUGGAACGACCACUUCUUCAGCAGUAUAAUUUUAAUAGGUACUUUUCCAUGAGCCCAUCUAAAGCCAUCCCCUCUAAGGCAUCCUAGAACCAGUUUUCUGGGACCACAGAAUUCACAGCUAAAUUUAGAAAUAGAUUAGUCAUUCUGAAAUCCUUCCUGCUAUAAAUUGUUCUGCUGAAAAAAGGGGAUAUCCUCAUUUGCAUUCAUGUUCACACCGAAAUUUCCAUUUACCACACACUUAGCAUAAAAUAAAAAACCUGUUGCCUUUUUCAUCUGACGACAGGACCAAGAUUAUUUUGUUUUUCUUUUCUCCCGCUUUUGGAUGCGUGCAAAAUUGUACUUUGCUAAUACAAAAUGGAUAAUUCAGGAUUUGAACUGCAUGAAGAUGGACCUCCAGGCAACCUGUCCAAGCCAGAGAAGAUUAAGCAAGAAUGUCAUGUGAAAAAGAGCCACUGGUCUCUCCUCCAUGUCUUUCUGGUUUGUCUGUUGGCCUGUGCAAUAACCACAAUGGUGGGGGUGUUGAUUCUGUCUGUGAUUUAUGCUAGAACCCCUGACUUUAAAAGACAACAGCAUAAAGUGAAUCAAGAAAACCAUGGAUCAGCUUCCCAGAAAAUUCCAAUAACGUCUGCCUACAAAAGCCAGGUAGACCUCAAGUUCCAGUUUCUCCACCGUCAUACUAAAUCCAAGAUGCACCAGUUUCCAGGAGGUGUUAUUCAAUGGUCAAGAUUUCGCAGAAAUGCUGAUGAAUACCAGAACAAGGAAGAAAUGGCGUUUGGAACAAGUAUCAAUGCUCAACGUUCCAAGAUAAUGUUUGGGACUCUGCUGAUCAAAAGCAAAGGGUUACGUGCUCCACACUGGCAUUUCAAUGCCAACGAACAGGGUUACCUCUUAAAGGGAACUGCGUGGAUUGGGGUUGUUGAUGCUGGUGGAGAUACGAUAGCUACGUACAAUGUCACGGCAGGACAGAUUAUUUUCUUCCCUCGAAAUACCUUGCAUUGGGUCAAGAAUGUUGGUACAGAAGAGUGUUUGUUCUUGCUGUUUUUUACAACUCAUGAGGAGCUUCAGACUCUAGACCUUGACGAUACAUUUUUCUUGACACCCAAAGACAUUAAAGCAAGAUCUCUAAAGCCUCAGGGAAGUAUGAAUUUCAUCCGGUCAUUCCUGAAGCAAGCAGAAGACCAGGCCAUCAAUCUUCCACCCAACCUAGCAGAGCUUGUUCAGAAUGCCAACUAUAACCAGUCUGCAGAUAAGCUUGUAUGGCGGUACUUCUUUGACCUAAAAGGAUCCUCCAAAUUCCGGUUUCCAGGGGGAGUCAUCCAGUGGGCUCGGUAUGUAAAAGAUGGAAAAGGCUUAAAACCCAAUGAAAACUUUUACAGUGAAUUUCUCCAUUCGAAGGAAGAUGCUCUUACCUUAGCAACACUCCAGAUCUUCAGCAACGGUUUACGACAACCUCAUUUCCAUUUCAAUGCCAAUGAAAUGGGCUAUGUCAUCAGUGGCUGCGGAAAGGUGGGUGUUAUUGUUUCAUCUACUCUUUCUACUGACUUUAGCAUUGAUGUUGGAGAUGUUGUGUUCUUCCCAGUUGGAACCCAACACUACAUCAAGAGCACCUGUGAUGAGGACUUGCUUCUCAUCUUGGCAUUCAGCACCAACAACCAGCUGCAAACUCUAGAUAUGGAUGACUAUUUCCAUGCAACAGCAGACCAUAUAUUAGCCCAGCUGUUUUUCAAAAAGCAAGCUGAAUUUAAGAAGAUCCCAAGGUUCAAAGAGGAUCAGGCAAUUAAUCUACCAUAGCAGCUUAUUCUUAUUCUAUGUUUCAGAUUUUAAUUCUAAUAUAUAAGCUACCUAGAGUUUCUUUUGCAAC